AUGGGCAAUUCGCUUUCAUCUUCUCCUUCUCCUGAGCAAAGCUCACAGCCAGAAAUACCACUGAGAGGGGAUGAGGCAAUAAUCACGGGGAUUGCUACCGAGUGGCCGUCUCGACUAAUAGGCCCCGAAGAAUUGAACAAGUAUGCCUUGAAAUUUUAUCCCGAAAAUCCUCCAUGGCUCCAGAAGUUGCUCAUGCUCAAUGCCAAGACAGGUAUCGAGACACGAGCUGUCAUCGAUUUAUGGGAUGAUCCUCGCUGGCUUGGGGACCAACCACCCACCGCUGAGGAGGUGGACACCGCAUUUCGGGAAUAUGGUGUCGAACUCGCAAAAAAGGCUGCCCUAAAAGCCCUCCGGGAAAGUAACAUCGAUCCAUCCUCAAUCACGCAUAUGGUGUCCGUGACUGCAACAAAUGCCGGAGCUCCAGGAUACGAUCAACUUGUCGCUCGUGACCUGGGUCUCCCUGAUACGACAGAACGAGUCCUGCUCAGCGGAGUUGGCUGUGCAGGCGGGUGUGCAUCCCUCCGACUUGCUUCUGCACUAGCAGAUGCAGCCACACACCGGAAAAAAGAAGCACGGAUCCUCAUCGUCGCAUGUGAGCUCUGCAGCAUUCAGAUCAGAUCAGAGCUGCACGCUGCUUCACAGUCUCCCAUCACUAGAAUCGGCCCAGUCAUUUUCAGUGACGGUGCAGCAGCACUUGUCGUUUGCAACUCUCUUGGAAUGAGCGAUAAGACGCCUAAGCAAUUCGCAAUCGUUGAUGAUAAAAGCGUCACCACCUCCGGAACACAAGAAGAUAUGUCGGUGAAAGUCUCUACAUAUGGCUUUCUAGCCACAUUUUCGAAGAAGAUUCCUGAACUGGCAAUCGGAUCCAUGAAAGCUCCCCUCCAGUGCCUGUUGCAAACUAACGGGAUGUCCUCCGCGUCUCCAACGGACUUCUAUUGGGCUCUUCAUCCAGGAGGCCGAGCUAUCAUCGAGGGUGUCCAGGCCGCUUUCAACUUGCCUGAAGACUCAUUGUCAGCCAGUUAUGAGAUCUACAGAACAAGGGGGAACUCCUCGAGUGUUUCGAUUUUAGCGGUGUUGGAAAAAGUGCGGGAAAAGAAGUUGCAAACACCGAAUGUCGUUGCAUGUAGUUUUGGAACCGGUAUCAGGACAGAGAUAGCCCUACUACGCCGCUUGGAAUAA